AUGGUGUGUAGUCGCUUGGACCAGAGCAUCUUGAGGGACUGGGAGAGGUCAACCAGCAACAAUAAGAAGAAGAUUCCAACAUACAGUGAACUGAUUACUUUUUUGAAGGAUCACGCUAGGAUCCUGUUUUCACUGAACAGUGGAAGCAUUACACCUCUUUGUCCGAUGGAGAAACCUCAUCAAUCUGGUGCUUACACCGCAGCCGUUUCGAAUCCCUCUCCACCGAAAGCGACCAGUUGCAUUGUAUGCAACCAAUCCCACCGCAUCUACGACUGCGAAGAAUUCAAGCGAAUGGAACUAGAUCAGAAGCAAGACACCGUCCGGAGGAAGAAGUUGUGCUGGAACUGUCUGGGGUCCAGUCACUUCAGCCGUGAAUGCUCGUCCAAACCCUGUCGGAAAUGCAACGAGAACCACCACACAUUGCUGCAUCCGUUCACCCCCAAUGACCGUUGCACUCGACCCCAAUCAAACCCACCAGAUCAAUAUGUUUCUGAUUGUAACGACGAGUCUGUGAUCCCUGCACUGUUGUCAAUUCCCUCUCCACUUGCCUCCACCACUACACCCGCCACCCAACAGCCUACUUUCAACUCGCUAGCUGCAGCAAACUCGUACAAAACCAGCCUCCCAACAGUCUUGCUGUCUACAGCCGUGGUAAAGGUCCAUGGCCCUUCGGGACGGUCCACACUCGUCCGAACUCUGCUGGACUCUUGCUCGGAGUCGAAUUUUAUCACCGACCGGAUUGUUCAGCUUCUGGGACUGAAUCGACGAAAGCAGCCAGCUGUUAUCGCCGGAAUGGGUGGAUCUACAGUAAACAGUCACCAGUGCACCAUUGCCACAUUCAGUUCCGUUGAUUCCACCUACUCGAACACGUUGACGUUCAACAUUCUUCCCACAAUCACCAACCAUCUGCCCGGAAAGAGAGUUGACACUUCUGAUUGGGACCUUCCUUCGACUGUGAUCUUAGCCGAUCCCGAUUUUGCCAAGCCACGGAGCAUCGACAUGGUUAUCGGUGCUCAGCUUUUCUUCAGCCUUCUGCGAGAAGGUCAACUAUCUGUCGCUGCCGGUUCUCCGGCGAAUCAGCCAAUUCUCCAACGCACCGUGCUCGGUUGGGUGGUCAGUGGUCCUGUAACCACAAAAGACCAGUCACAAAAAGCAAGACCGCUCGCUCUGCUGUGCACCACUGUUCGUCACGUGAAGCCUCAACAAGCUUGUUAUGUUCGGCGGCCUCCGGGAGGUCGCGGUCCAGUCGAGGAAAAACUACUUCCAACAAAUCGACAUUUGCAAAAUCGUAAACUACAGCAACUCGUGGUCCAGCACCGCACUCUUCGAAAACCAGCGUUGAUUGGGCGUUUCCAUGCUGAUUCUUCUGAAGGACAACCACGAGUCUCCGCUCAAGUGUAA